UAUUUGUUGAGUUAUUAAUUAGAUCGUUGCAAAAUGCGCUUCAAAACAGUAUUUUCAAUUGGCAUAACGUUACUUGUCUGUCAUGUUAAUUUGAUAAAUUCUUUGUUAAUAGCUGCUAGCGUGGUGGCCGCUGGAUCUGCAAUUUCAGGAUAUUUGGCUGCUUUAAACAGCUGCAUUUACAAUGAGUGUUGUAACGAUAAAUGGAUAAGAUCCGACUUAUCUGCACUGCCAUAUAUAAUGAAAUCAAAGGUAUACGGGCAACAUCUUGUGACAGAUACACUGGUGAGACACCUCAAAGGUCAUAUCAAUGGGAACCCACGUAAGGCUUUGGCUCUUUCGUUCCAUGGGUGGACGGGUACUGGCAAGAACUACGUUAGUCAAAUAGUUGCUGAAACACUGUAUGUUAAAAGCAUGGGCAGCAAAUAUGUCCUCUGGAUUAUACCAGCAGUAGAUUUUCCGCAUAGCGAUGCUGACCCAACGACCAUUGCAUCAUACAAAGAUAAACUUCGGAGAAAGAUAAAGGAGGCAGUUACCGCGUGCCCGCGCGCAUUGAUUAUCAUCGACGAGAUGGAAAAGAUGCCACCGGGUCUCAUAGACGUCUUGAAACCGUAUUUGAACUUCCAUGACAAUGUCGAAGGUGUGGAUUAUAGGAAAGCAAUAUUCUUUCUUCUAAGUAAUAAUGCAGCAACGACUAUAGUUAAGAAGGUCCUUGAUUUACUGAAAGCUGGAAAACCUAGAGAAUAUAUUCAAUUGAAGGAUUUGGAAGACAGUGUGCAGUUACAAACGCUUAACGAUGAAUCUAACGGCCUUUGGCACAGUGAAUUGAUCACCAGUGGUCUCCUUACCGCGUCAAUACCGUUCUUACCACUGGAGAGAAAGCAUGUUGAGCAAUGCAUUAAAGAUGCAUUUAAGUCACUUCCAUGGAAAGCAUCUGACGAAAAAGUUAAAGAAAUUGCAGACCAAUUGACAUACUUUUCAGAUGAUACCCAAGUGUUUUCUACAACUGGUUGCAAGCGAAUAUAUGAUAAAGUUCAACUCAUAAUGAAUGAUGUCUAGAAUAGGUUUGUUUAUAAGUCGGCGGCUGUAUACUUUCUUAUGUCAAAACAUUUUAGUUAUUUGAUGGUCAAUUAUCAGUUCUUAAGACAUGCUAAACUUUGAUUCAUUUUGUGAUUAUAAAGCAAUAAUAAUUGUAUUUAUUUUG